UCUCGAAAGAGAGACUCGCUUGCUCUCCCUAGAGUUCAAGGAAGAUUCAGCAUUGGAGGAACAUGUAGCUGAUCUUCUUUUCUCAAUGAUAGCCUCCCAAGUCCGGUAAAAAGGUCGCCGCCAUGCCCUACCCCCAGGGUAAGGCUGGUGCUAGCAAGAAGGGCCCCAAGAACCCUCUCAUCGAGAAGCGCCCCCGCAACUUCGGUAUUGGCCAGGACAUCCAGCCUAAGCGCAACCUCGGCCGUUUCGUCAAGUGGCCCGAGUACGUCCGCCUGCAGCGCCAGAAGAAGAUUCUGAACCUCCGUCUCAAGGUUCCCCCUUCGAUCGCUCAGUUCCAGAGCACCCUGGACCGCAACACCGCUGCCCAGACCUUCAAGUUCCUCAACAAGUACCGUCCUGAGACCAAGGCCGAGAAGAAGGAGCGUCUCCAGCGUGAGGCCACCGCCAUCACCGAGGGCAAGAAGAAGGAGGACGUCAGCAAGAAGCCCUACAACGUCAAGUACGGUCUCAACCACGUCGUUGGUCUCGUUGAGAACAAGAAGGCCUCUCUCGUCCUCAUCGCCCACGACGUUGACCCCAUUGAGUUGGUUGUCUUCCUUCCCGCUCUCUGCCGCAAGAUGGGUGUCCCCUACGCCAUUGUCAAGGGCAAGGCUCGUCUGGGAACUGUUGUCCACAAGAAGACCUCUGCUGUCCUUGCUCUGACUGAGACCCGUGACGAGGAUAAGGCUGAGCUCUCCAAGCUCCUCUCCGCCAUCAAGGAGGGCUACACCGACAAGUACGAGGAGUCUCGCCGCCACUGGGGUGGUGGUAUCCUUGGUUCCAAGUCCGUUGCCCGCACUGAGAAGAAGCGCAAGGCCCUCGAGGCCUCCGUCAAGGUCUAAGCUUGUCUAGCGGAAAAACGAAAAAUUUUUUCUUUUACGACGAACUUCACGAUCUUGUGGUCUAAUUCUAAAAGCUUCUUCUAUAAUUAAACGAAAAAGUCUUUGGUACCUUCUCAAAUCUUGUUUCUUUUUAUUACUCUUCAUGUACAACGUUACAGAUACCCAUGAAUGCAUUUUUAUCUUGUCAACUUGGAUGUACAUAUAGUGUUGAGGAAUGAGCAUUCAUGUGGGGUCUGUUUCUGUACUUCAUCGUCUUCAGUAGUCUUUGUAGUCGUCAUAGGCCUUCCAUUUUAAUGAGGCGGCCAAGACCCUUUGGUAGCGGGCAUAUUUUG